GCCCGCCCCCGCCCAGCAUCGCGGACCCACCCGGACCUCGGCGUGGAGAUGGAGGUCCUGGCGGCAGAGACCGCAUCCCAGCAGGAGCGGCUCCAGGCCAUUGCAGAGAAGCGGAGGUGGCAGGCGGAAAUGGAGAGCAAGCGUCGGCAGCUGGAGGACGACCGUCGGCAGCUACAGCACCUGAAGUCCAAGGCGUUGCGGGAGCGCUGGCUGCUGGGGGAGACGUCCUCAGCAUCACAGGGGGAUGAGGACAUGCGGAGACAGAUGCGGGAGGACGAGCAGAGGGCGCGGCUGCUGGAGGGGUCCAUCUCCAGGCUCCAGAAGGAGAUUGAGGUGCUGGAGAACGCGGGCCCGCUCACCACCGCUGCUGGAGAGGGCGCCGCAGCCCCGAGCCCGGCCAAGGACGAGAAGACGGAGGUGGCGCUAGAUUCUCGGCAGGCCCCGGUGGGCACGCCCAAAGAGAAAGGAGUCUCCAACACCCCUGUGAGGACGGUCGAAGGCUCCACCAUGAUGAAAGCAGCCAUGUACUCGGUCGAGAUCACGGUGGAGAAGGACAAGGUGACGGGGGAGACCCGGGUGCUGUCCAGCACCACCUUGCUCCCUCGGGAGCCGCUCCCUCAGGGCAUCAAGGUGUACGAAGACGAGACCAAAGGAACCUGACCCGAAGCUUGGCCGAGGGCUGGGUCCUAGGCUGGGCUCUGGGAAUCGAAUCACAGGGGGACGCGGCUCUGUCCUAGCAG